AUGUCUUUGGUGCCUCAUUAUCAACAGUUUUAUGAGAGUUUAUUGGGCUUGCACUUUAAAUUUGAUGAUAUUGAUGCUGCUUCUGCACUCAUUUUGGAUAUUUAUAAAUGUUGGGAGUCUCUUCCUUUUAAACAAGAUAAGAUGAACUUGCAGAAGCCUUGUAUUGUUCCAAUUGGUUCUCACAAUCUCAAGACAGGGUUGAAACUACUGAUUUUACCUCCGCAGAUGCGGAAGGAUCCUGUUCUCAAAGUGGAAAGUAAACCGGAGCUUGUUAUGCUUAAGAAUGGUAAACUUGUUCUUAGCAACAAAGCAUUGGCCAAACUCAUCAUAAGAUACAAGAAAUGUGGGAGGAUCAAAGAGUUCUCAAAGAUUUUAAGUAGCAUUCAAAACAAGUUGGGUUCAUUGGGAGAAGCCAGUUUGUGCUCUGAUGUGAAUGCUCACGACAUAUUGGAGGACUUGGAAUCGGCAGGGACUCCUCUGGCCUUUGGUUCGUAUUCUUCACUGCUCACAGCUUAUUACAGGGUAAAGAUGUUUAAGGAAGCAGAGGUAUUGCUAAAACAAAUUCGAAAGGCUGGUUUCCUUAUGAAAAUGUUUGAUGAAGUGGUUGUCUCAACACAUCUUUCAAAGAUAGAAGAUGAAAGCAACUCACAUUCAAAAGUAGCGACAGCAAUUGGCAAAUCAGAUUUGGCCAAGUCUGUCAUCCUAGAAAUGACAGAAGAGGAGAAAGUAGUUCCUUCUAUAGUUUAUGAGUUGAAUUCUUCAAUCUUCUUUUUCAUGAAGUCGAAAAUGAUUGGAGAUGCCUUGCAGACAUACCGAAGAAUGCAAGAGAUGAAUGUCCAACCCACGGUGUCAAAUUUUUUUGCUCUGAUAAAUGUGUAUUCUUCUUUGGAAAUGUAUACGCAGAAAGGAAAUUUAUUGGUCAACAGGGAUUUGUAUGAGUUCUUGUUAAGGAAUUUUCUUCGAGGAGGCUAUUUUGAGAGGGUGCUGGAGGUUAUUGGUUACAUAAAGGAACAUGGUAUGUUUUUGGACAAGUCGAUGUAUAAAAUUGAGUUCCUAAAGUUUCACAAGGAUCUUUACAGGAGCUUAAAAGCAUCCAAUGCCAAAGAUGAGACUCAAAGCAAGAGGGUUGAGCAUGUUCGGGUGUUUAGAAAAUAG